UUACCACACCAGGUUUGUUUUUGCCCGUCACCGGGAAAGCCAAACACCAAGACGACAAGAUUGCAGCAGAGAGAGGCAGCCAUAUGAGGCAACUGGAGAAUGAGUCUCAAGACUGCUUCCCUGAAAAUAGGGACUCAGGGCCCCAACCGCUGUGGGCAGGCUCUGCUGCAGAUUGGGAUCAACAUGAUGGCGCUGCCUGGAGGCCGCCACCUGGACUCCAUGCCCCUGCCGGGUCAGCGGCUGCACCUGAUGCAGGUGGACUCGGUCCAGCGCUGGAUGGAGGACCUGAAGCUCAUGACCGAGUGUGAGUGUAUGUGUGUCCUGCAAGCGAAGCCCAUCAGCCUGGAGGAGGAUGCUCAGGGUGACCUCAUCCUGGCAGGUGGCCCUAGCCUCGGAGACCCCCUGCAGCUGCUGCUCAAGCGGGGCUGGGUCAUCAGCACUGAGCUGCGCAGGAUUGGGCAGAAGCUGGCCCAGGACCGCUGGGCGCGCGUGCAUAGCAUGAGCGUGCGUCUGACCUGCCACGCCCGCUCCAUGGUCAGCGAGUACAGCACUGGCAGCAGGAGCUCCUCACAGGAGAUGGGCCAGAUUGAGAAGCUGCUAAUGGAGAAAUGCUCAGAGCUCUCAGCAGUCACAGAGAGGUGCCUCCAGGUUGAGAAUGAGCACGUCCUGAAGUCGAUGAAGGCCUGCGUGAGUGACACCCUGAGCACGCUGGGCCAGCACUUCAGCCAGCUGCUGGAGCUGGCCCUGACCCGGGAGGUGCAGGCACUGGUGAGAAAAAUCGAUGCCUCGGACAAUAUCUACACCACGGAAUCCACCACAGGGAACCUGUUCAGCUUGACCCAGGAGGGAGCUGCCUUGUGCCGCAUCAUAGCCAAGGAGGGUGGGGUCGUGGCGCUCUUCAAGGUCUGCCGGCAGGACAGCUUCCGCUGCUUGUACCCCCAGGCACUGCGCACGCUGGCCUCCAUCUGCUGCGUGGAAGAGGGCGUCCACCAGCUGGAGAAGGUGGAUGGCGUUCUGUGCUUGGCCGAUAUCCUGACUGAUGACAGCCACUCAGAGGCCACGCGGGCUGAGGCUGCGGCUGUGGUGGCCCAGGUCACCUCCCCACACCUGCCCUUCACCCAGCACCUCAGCAGCUUCCUGGAGAGCAUGGAGGAGAUCGUGACAGCUCUUGUCAAACUGUGCCAAGAGGCCUCAUCUGGAGAAGUCUUCCUGCUGGCCUCUGCGGCCCUUGCCAACAUCACCUUCUUUGACACAAUGGCCUGUGAGAUGCUCCUGCAGCUGAAUGCCAUCCGCGUCCUCCUGGAAGCCUGCAGUGACAAGCAGAGAGUGGACACGCCUUAUACCCGGGACCAGAUUGUGACCAUCUUGGCGAACAUGUCUGUCCUGGAGCAGUGCGCCUCUGACAUCAUUCAGGAGAAUGGGGUCCAGCUUAUCAUGGGCAUGCUGUCCGAGAAGCCAAGGUCUGGGACCCCUGCCGAGGUGGCCGCCUGCGAGCGAGUCCAGCAGAAGGCUGCAGUGACCCUGGCCCGUCUCAGCCGAGACCCGGAAGUGGCACGAGAGGCUGUGCGGCUGAGCUGUAUGUCCCGCCUCAUCGAGCUCUGCCGAUCGCCGUCCGAGAGGAACAGCAGUGACGCCGUGCUGGUGGCCUGCCUGCUGAGCUCAUCUCCUUUCUGGGAGCUCCUGAUGGGAACUGUGUGGCGGCAGAAACAGCAGGUGUUACACUCAGACACACCUGUCUUGGUUUUGCCGUUAAGGAGCUGUGUGACAUUGGGCUGCUCUGCGUAGAUUGGCCGGCGUCUGUCCAGAAGGCCUCCAGGACUCCGACUUCCAGCAGCUGGUCCAGCCCCGGCUUGUGGACUCUUUCUUACUCUGCAGCAACAUGGAGGAGAGCUUUGUGUAGGGAGCGUGGGAGAGGAAACGCAUUUGGCCCCAUUCUCAUGCCCCCUCUGAGUACACACCUGUGAACACACCUGAGUACACACCAGCCCCCUCACCUCCUUAUUUAUACUUAAUUUAUUUUUUACAUGAAAUAGACAGAGGGCUAAAUAUUCUAGCAACAUCAUCAGGCAGUUUGUGGUCCUUGGGCGUCUUUUUUGUUUUUCCUUUUUGACUUCUGUGACUUCUCAGUUACAGAUGUUGAAAUGCAUAAUGGCUAAUGUGACAGAUUGUCAUGGGUGAUUUCACUUCAUCUUUCUCUGUUCUCGCUACGUAAUCUGGCUUCAUUGUUUUUUAACUUGGGAACCAGAGUAUUUUAAGUGCCCAGCAGUUUUUUUUUUAAGUUGAAUUUGUUCUUUCUAAAAGAUUUUAAAUGAAUUUCAUAGCAGGAAAGAAUAUACUGGA